AUGCUGCGCCUCUUAGCCAAUGCGCUAUCACGUGAUAAGGGCUGCCAGAUCUGCACAGGAGCUUCCAUUCUGAUUUCAGCGAACGCCUGGCAAUGCGUGUGUGGCGAGGAAUGGCUCGGUGACUGGUUGGAAAAGGCCGGUGACAGCGAUGUUGGCGAUGGAGUGCUUGGAUGCCUUGUGACAGCGGCUCGUCGAUGCGCUGUUGAUCCCCAGAUGGAGACAGACGAGGUGCGCAGUGUAUGGGUGACCGGUGACGGCGUCCAUUUUGGCAGCUGUCUCGCUCUUGAUCCUCAUCGCGAUCGCCUUCCUUUACAUCACCGACGGCAAACAAAGGGUGGUCCUGAUGCGACCGUUGUAGAUAGUUUGCUAUCCGAAAUUUACAUGCAAAAAUUGUUGACUUAA